AUGCAGCUAAAGCUCCUAAUGCUGGGGCUCGCUGAGUUGGUCACGGCAGUGCAAUCCACUCCGCAGACCAUUCAAAACCAGUGCAGCGAUAGCAUUGCGUUCUAUGAAAACUCGGUCUCCGAAACCAUCGCCUCCGGUUUCAGUGGCAUGUUCCGCAACGGAAUCAUGGCCGAGUUCUCCAUCACUGGCGGCUACACUUGGUAUGACAUCAGCAUCAUUCCAACGGGGUCGUCUGGUCCAGGUAACUGCAUGUCCUUGGAAGACUGUAAAGAGGUGACAGGCGGCACAGGAUUCAACACCCCCAUGCAGAUAGCUCCAUCUGGGUGCGCGGUAGUCACUUUGAUAAUAGCAAAACGCACUCAUGUGUCGAUACGGCAAGUGUUACGCUGA